AUGUAAAUUACAUUGAAUUAAGUGAUAGGUAAAUAUGACCUUCAAUUAAGAAGGUGUUUAGAUACUAAAUAAUAAAAUUUAGGCUGCUCACCUUAUUUAAAUAAGGAAGCAUGCAUCAAUUAAAUGAGCAAUUUUUAAGGAGAGAAAAUAUAUUGUAUAAAUUAUUUAUCAAGAAUUAGGUGUAUUUUUCGAAAGAUGUUAAUACAUUGAAUAUGCAGAAAUCUAAAAAUUAGGGUGUGAUGAUAGACUUAACAAAUUAGCUUGUAUGAAUUUAUCAACAUAGAAAUGUUUUUGGGAGAAUAAAUGUAAAAUAAUACAAGAAGAUAUCAAAAAUAAUAGCCAUAAUUAUGAAUAAUUCAGCUUCUCUGUGACACCUUACACUUGUUAAUUAAUUGAAUCUGGUUUAUGUAAGCAUAAAUUUUUAAAUAGUUAUUAAUGA